AUGAUAUCCCAGAAUUUCCCGAUGUCAAACUCAGCGUCGUUCGUCCGUUCCGAGUUUCAAUUUACGGUUCUGCCAAAGUAUACCCAGGUGUACGAGGGCGAAUCGGUUGUGUUCCAGUGUCGAGCUUUCUUCGACGAUGAGAUCGACUUUUCCUGGACGUUGAACGGUAAGUUUGCUAUGAGCACGGAAGAAAAGACUGAAGCCGGCGGUUGGCCAGUGGAGAUUACGUGUGCCUGGCGACGGCCCGCGCCUCCGGGGCCUGGUCGCCACCCGCCGGCCAAGCUGGACAUCAUCCGUACUUCCGCUCCGGUGGUGCAACUGGUGAAGCACGAAUCGGAAAAGGGCAACGGUGCAGUGGUGCUGAAGUGUCACACGGGAAGCUCAUCCAAUCAUGGCAGCGGAAAUGGCAGCAGCAUCAUCAAUUCCGGAAGAGACGACGACGGAAUGCACAUCGAGUGGUUCAGAAACAACGAACGACUCACCAAAUCGGCGCAUAUCGAUUUUCAGCGUCGGAAGCUGCACAUAAAAAAUGCAACAGCCAAGGAUAAUGGCGUCUACGGAUGUUUGGUGGUGCACCACGGGGCCGCCGGAACCGGGGGAAUGACAUCGUCGACGUCGGUCGCGAGCGUCAAAAACUACCGGCUCAAGUUGAAGGGCACUACAGGUCCCAGCAACGGAGUGCCUGGAGCAAGUGCUAAUGUACUAGACAACAACGCCAAAAUCGACUGCACCAAAAGCCGAAAUUCGCUACUGUGCCGGGGAAAACGUGGAGAUAAGCUCAUCGCCGCCGCCCUAACAGCCACAUCCCCCCUGACGUCGAUGUUGCCCGCCGGUACAUCUCUGCCGUUGCUGUCCGCGGAUGGCUCAGCUGUCCCGGUGCAAAUCGUUGACCAUCCGGUCAAUGUGGUUGUGAAUGAAAGUGCCGCCGCUAUUUUUAAUUGUGGCUUCAAGUCGUCGCUCGCUGGCGGUAAUGACUCCGGUCUGCUCGUGCUGAAGUGGCGUAAGGAUGGCAAGGUGAUUCGGAAGUGGGACAACGUGGAUGGGCUGGACGGCGAGAAUGGUCCAACCGAGAGCACCGUGUACCGGGACGAUGGACGAAUCCACGUGGACCGAAACAAUGGGUCGUUAAUUUUCAAUUCGGUCAUUGCAAGCGAUGAAGGUAGUUACGAUUGUCAGGUGACUAAUAAUGGAAGCGAUUUUUUGGUGACAUCCAACGUGGCAGAACUUCAAAUCAUAUCAAAUCUCCGAUUCACUCCCAAACCGCCAUCUUCGAAAAACUUAGAACUCGGAUCAAUCGCCAAAAUCCAUUGUAAAGCACAGGGAACGCCUACCCCGUCGGUUCAUUGGACAACCGAAGGGACCAAAUCCGAUUUGCCGGAUUCGGUUGAGGACGUCAACGGAACGCUCACUUUCCGAACCGUGUCCACCGAUCACCGUGGAAGCUACACUUGCGUCGCUUCCAACAGCCAAGGCGAAAUCAGUGCCUCCGUGCAGGUGCACGUAGUUGUGGCGCCAAAGUUUGAAAUAGCUCCGGAAGGAUCGAUACAGGUAGCCGAGAUGGGGACGGUGUUCAUUCACUGUGUGGCCACGGGUGAUCCGAAGCCUACCAUUCAGUGGGAUAAGGAUUUGCAGUAUCUGCACAGUUCCAAUCAGACCGAAGACGAAAGGUACAGGAUUUUGGACAAUGGCACAUUGGUGCUGACCGAGGUGCAUCUGGAGGACGAUGGGAACUACGGCUGCACGAUUGGAAACAGUGCGGGAUUGAAACGCGAGGAGGUUCACCUGAUUGUGAAACCUGCCGAUAGCAUGCCGCAGCCGGAAGAGUCCUCCGAGGAUGGUUUCCUAAUAACGCGAGCCGUCCUGAUCACCAUGUCGGUUGCGUUUGCCUACAUAAUUCUGGUGGUGGGCCUGAUGCUGUGGUGUCGCCACCGUCGGGCGGCUCGUAAGGCUCGGCUCAACAUGAGCUCCAAGGAAAAUGGAGACGUGGAUCUGAAAAACUGCGAAAUCGAACCAUGCCUGCCGGACAAAUCUUCGCAGGAUGGUAAAACCAAGAUCAAGUCCAAAUCCGGUCACCAGAAGACGGGUUCGACGGCGGACGGACAGGAGAAGAGUGACGAUACGGUCAACUCGAACAAGUCCAAGAAAUCAAAUAGCUCCAACUCGAUGCUGGAUCAACUGGCGGUGCCUCGAUCGAGCGUGAUCGAGAUGCUGCAGAUUGGAAAGUGCGAUUUUGGGGAUGUCUUCAUCGGGAAGAUCAAGGAAAAUGAUUGCAAGACUGUGAAGGUGGAAACGGUAAAGGAACCAGCGGCAGGUGAUGACGUCGCGCAUGCCACUAAAACUGAAAUAACGACGGAGGAUGAGAAAAUUACCAAGAAACCGUCCAAUGAGGAACUGAACGAGAUCAAGCCCGAAAAUGACUACAAACCGGUAAUGGUGAAGGCGUUAACCAAAGUGAAGGAUGAACAUUGCUGUUCGGAGUUUCGGCGGCAGCUGGAUCUGUUCCGAACAGUCUCGCACAAAAACGUGGUCAAGCUGUUUGGAUUGUGUCGUGAUAAGGAUCCGCACUACAUGUUACUUGAGUAUACUGAUUGGGGUGAUCUGAAGCAAUUUCUUCUGGCUACAUCUCCAAGUGUUCCGCCUAAUGGCAGUGUAGAAUCGAAGAACGCUAACAAGCCUCCACCGUUGAAUGUGCCACAGAUACUUGCACUGGCUCACCAAAUUGGACGCGGCAUGGAUGCCAUCUACAAAGCCCGGAUUAUCCACAAGGAUCUUGCAACGCGCAACUGCAUCAUCAGCAGUGACUUCUCGGCCAAAAUCUCCAUGCCGGGUCUCAGCCGAGACAAGUACAACAAGGAGUACUUCAAAUACAAGAACCAACUGAUGCCGGUCCGGUGGAUGGCCCCCGAGUGCCUCCAGGAUGACGAUUUUUCCAUCAAGAGCGAUAUUUUCUCGUUUGCCGUGCUGAUGUGGGAACUGUUUACUACGGCCCUGGAACUGCCCUUCAAGGAUUUCACCGACGAGGAGUACGUUACGCAAGCCCAAAACGGCAAGUUGGAGUGGAAGCUGGCGGAAAAGACGCCGGAAAAUUUGCACAAAAUACUGACAUCAUGUUGGUCAGUCAAUCCAAAAGAGCGACCUUCCUUCAGUCAGCUGGUCGUAGCCAUCGGAAACUGUUUACAAAGUGAGUAUCCAAAAGAGCCCACAGAAGUGGCGCCUGCGGUGUCGGAGCCGGCCGCAGGAGCAACAUCGACGGCGGAUUGAGGAAUCUGUACCCCUAAGUAUGUAAGCCAUUCGUGAUUGAUGAACGUAACUUUACACAACGACUGCUUUUUCGUCCAAAGGAUAGGGACGGAUAAGUUUUUCGAGUAUGUCUGCUAUUAAGUGUAUCCUGUAUUAUAUUAGUAUUUAUUGUCAAACAAAUGAGUAGAUUCUAUACAAUUGAAAUUGGGAAUUUAUAGAACUUGGUUUUAUUGAGAAAAAAAUGGUGACUUGUUGAAACCAUGUUAUGGUUCGAACAAAAUGAGGAGUUUAUCCAAAAGUUUGAUAAGACUUAUGAAGAAACUUACUGCCGUACAUAUGAUGGAUCCAUAUGUGAUCUGAUAGCAUUUAUCGAAAUGAAGACUUGAUAAUAUUUUUAUCUACAAACUGAUAAGAUAAUCUUGGAAUAAGUCAUCGCAAACGUACUAUAAGAAUAUUACCAGCACUAGUAUUAUAGACUCGUAAUUAGUAUUCAUUCAUCAAAAAAAAUCUUAAGUGGAGCAAUUAUGAUUAACCAUCUAAGGAAGGAUAAUAAUAUAUGUCAAGACUAUUUUUUAUCUUUGGGAAAUUUUCAAAUUAUCUAUCGUUUACCCACUGAUUUAUUUUGAAAUUGAUCCACAAUUUGACAUAGAAUUGUUUCUCGAUUAAGGACAAUCCUCCCGGAAACCAAAACUAAAUGAACUCACGUUUUCAAGGCCACAUCAAUCAAAACGGAAGCAACGCUCAACUGUCACUUUUAUUUUUCCACGCAUGCUGCGACGCAGCACAGCUGGAAUAAUAAAAAUGACAGUUUUGCGUACUUCAGUAUCGAGUUUUUAUUGCCUUUGAAAACGCGAUUAAAUUUUGUUUUGGAUUCCGGAAGGCUUUUUUUAAUGAAACGUUUCGUUUGAAAUUAUUUAUAAACAUGGAUCAAAGUAUUUCAGAUUUAUCUUGUGUUUGGAUAUUUUUUUCUAAUAUAUUGAACACAGCUAGCAUUGUAUGAAUGUGCUUGAAAUAAAACCAGUCCAGAAACAUUACAUCAUAUUAUAAUUGCCUGCCAUACAAUAUAAAUAAAAAUAAACACACAAUUGUAGAUCCUCUUAGAUAUGAUCAAACAUUAUAUAUUCAAAAGAACAUCAAUCAAUCUUCAAUCAUUAAACACUCAAAAUAUAUCAACAAAAGUAUAACUACCACACAUUGUCUGUAGAAGAACCGCUUUUCGGCAUACUAAGCACCAAACGCCGCCGAUUGUUGAACCAAUUUGUUUCCCAAUCUUGCCUUACGCUUCCUGUUGCAAUGCAUAGAGUUCUUUAAACUAAAAAAAUCGAAAAAUCUUUAUCUUGAUCUCCGCUCGUAGAUAUUCCAAUUCUGUCGCUACUUAUGACAAUUAUAUUCAAAAUUAUACACGUACUCAACUUUCAAAGAAGUUAUUCCACCAUCAUCAUAAUGUAAUCCGCUGGUAAAAAAAACAUCAACCGUAGCUUCUAAAUAAAACUUAUUCCGAUGGGAACAUUACUUUAGAAUUCAUCAAUAUUCAUUUGUAUAAUACCAAACUUCUAAACCAGAACCGAUGCAUUUGUCCCAAUCUUGGACUGAAUUAGGCUAACGAACAAGUCCGAUUGCAUUUUUACAUAACAUUUUCAUAGAGUGUAAGUGAAUCUCUAAAAUACUCAACUGGAGAAUAGUUUGAGUUGAAUGAAAGUAGGGAAAAAUCUCUGAAGUGAUAAAUCGAACAAUGAAAGCUGCUUCCAAGCAAAACGUAGUAAGACUCUUUUUAUGUAAAUAGUGACAUAUCAGUUUUAUAGGUUUAAUUCGUGUCGGUGUGAGAAAACACACAAACUUGAAUUUUGCAAUUGUAAGCGGUUUCUUCCCUCGUUUUAGCGAGAAAUUCUGUAUUUAAAAUAGUGAGUUUUUUUUUAUCUUGGCCAAGUAAGAACAACACAAAAUAAUGGUCUAGUCAUUUGGAAGGCGAAGUUAAUGCGGUCAAUUUAAGUAGAAAAGGGAAAUUUGAUUGCGAAUGCGUCAAUUUUUCGAGGAACAGUACAUACAACGCUGCAUUAUACAAUUUAGUUUAUCGGAAAGUAACAUUUUUAUCAAGACUUAGUAGUUAAGAAUCAAUUUGCUGCUAAAACUGGUUAAAAGCGAAUAAAUGGAAAAUGAA